GGGUCUCCGAUAUUUUUGUCCCCUUUUAAUAGAAAAAAAGCCCAAAAUUUUAGGGAAUUCUCCCCCUUCUUCAAUGGCAGCUUAUCGACUUGGGGUUGCCGUUUCAGUCUUGUGUUGCCUCCUUUUGCGGGUCUCAUCCUGUUCAGCUUCUAGAAUCGUUCUUCCUUCUGAUUCAAAUAAAGUCUCAUUAACUUUGUAUUACGAAUCCCUUUGCCCCUUCAGCGCCAAUUUCAUAGUCAACUACCUGACGAAGCUCUUCGAAGAUGAUAUCAUCUCCGUCGUCGAUCUCCGCCUCGUUCCUUGGGGGAACGCUAAACUCAAAGGCAACGAUACCUUUGAAUGCCAGCAUGGCCCUGCUGAACUUUUGUUAAACACUAUGGAAGCUUGUGCAGUUGAUGCCUGGCCUAAACUGAAUGACCAUUUCCCGUUUAUCUAUUGCGUUGAGGCUUUGGUAUUUGAGAGGAAGUAACUUGAAUGGGAAUCGUGCUUUGAGAAAUUGGGAUUGGAAGCAAAUCCCGUUAUUGAUUGCUACAGCAAUGGACUUGG